CGGCUGUCAGGGAAACAAAAACAGAACCCUUAUAGCACACUUUUGAAGAGUAUUUCAGCCAUGACUAUGUGUGGGACCUGUUAUUGUGUUCCCAGUGUUUUGCUGUGUUUAUUGUUCGGAGUUUUACCCCGGGUUUGUUCAGAAACGUUAAGUUUAAACGGUAAGUGGAGUCUUUCAAACUCCAACGGUUCCGUGUCGCUGCCUGCGGAAGUACCCGGAUGUGUUCAUUCAGCUCUACAGAAACAGGGAUACAUCCAGGAUCCAUAUUUCAGGUUUAAUGAUGUGUCUUAUCGAUGGAUUGCCUUUGACAACUGGAAUUACACAACCACAUUUACUGUUUCUACCCAGCUCAGAUCCAAACAGAAGGUGCUGCUUGUCUUCGACGGCGUUGACACGGUAGCGUCGAUAUGGCUCAAUGGGAUUGGUGUCGGGGAGACAGACAACAUGUUUCAGAGAUAUGCCUUCUCAGUCAGAGACGUUCUGAAGGACGGGGGUAACGUGCUGAAGGUGAGCUUCCUUUCUCCAGUUCUCUAUGCGUCCGAUCAGAGGAGAGCGCACUCUGCAUACAGAGUUCCUCCGGACUGUCCUCCAGACGUGCAGCACGGGGAAUGUCACGUCAACUUCAUCAGAAAGGCGCAGAGCUCCUUCAGUUGGGACUGGGGUCCCUCGUUCCCCACCAUGGGUAUGUGGAGGGGGGUCCGUCUGGAGGCGUUUGACGUCCUGCAGCUCGUCCUGCUCUCCUCUGUUCCUCUUUACAGUGUGAGCAGCUCUCAGUGGAGAGUCCAUGUUGAGCUUCAUGUCGAUGCGCUUCAGACGACAAAUGGUACAAUCUCGCUCUCCAUACCGGAGCUGGAGUCAGAGCAGAUCAUCCAGAUGCAGUUUCUCAGAGGAAGGACCAAGAAAAGCUUUGACUUACACAUCAACACGAGCAGCGAGGUGAAGCUCUGGUGGCCCAACGGACACGGUGAGCAGCCAUCUUACCUCCUCACUGUGGGAGGCUUGCAGGACGGAUUCACGAUCCUGAAUACAGAGACUAAGGUUUAUUUCCGUACAGUUGAGCUCGUUCAGGAGCCGGUGGUCGGGUCUCCGGGCUUGAGCUUUUAUUUCCGCAUCAACGGAAAACCAAUUUUCCUGAAAGGUUCCAACUGGAUCCCUGCGCACUCCUUCCAGGACCGAGUCACCCCUGAUGUCUUAAGGAACUUGUUGCAGUCGGCCGUGGAUGCCAACAUGAACGCCCUCAGGGUGUGGGGUGGGGGAGUGUACGAGCAGGACCUUUUCUACAGCCUCUGUGAUGAGAUGGGCAUCAUGGUUUGGCAGGACUUCAUGUUUGCCUGUGCGAUGUACCCGACUGACGAAGACUUCCUACAGACAGUGAGAGAAGAAGUCCUCCAUCAGGUUCAGCGACUAAAGUCUCAUUCCUCUAUCAUCAUUUGGAGCGGGAACAACGAGAACGAAGCGGCUCUGGCCACAAAUUGGUUUGACAUCCCAGAGGCCGAGAAGCCGACAUACCUGACUGAUUAUGUGAAGCUGUACGUGGAUAACAUAAGGGGAAUCGUUCAGGAGGAGGACCAGAGUCGCCAGUUCCUUGUCUCUAGUCCCACAAACGGCUUUGAAUCUGAGCAGGAGGGCUUUGUGGCGAAGAACCCGUACGACGCUCACUACGGAGACACACACUUCUACACGUACACAGAGGACUGCUUGGACUGGAGGACUUUCCCUCGGACGCGUUUCGCCUCUGAGUACGGCUACCAGUCCUGGCCCUCCUUCUCCACGCUGCAGCCGGUUUCUAUAGAAGAAGACUGGAGCUACAACAGUCCUUUCUUCGAGCACCGUCAGCACCAUGACAGUGGGAACCAGCAGAUGUUGCUGCAGGCGUCUUUACACUUCAACCUGCCCAAUGCCGCUGACCCCCACAGACACUUCACAGAUACUCUCUACAUCACUCAGGUGAUGCAGGCUCAGUGUGUGAAGGCGCAGACGGAGUUUUAUCGGAGAAGUCGGAGCGAGAUCCUUGAGGGCAAAGGAGGCACGAUGGGCGCUCUCUACUGGCAGCUCAACGACGUCUGGCAGGCGCCUUCGUGGUCGUCCAUCGAGUUUGGUGGGAAGUGGAAGAUGCUGCAUUAUUUUGCACAGAACUUCUUCUCCGCCCUCCUGCCGGUCAGCUUCGAGGACGAAGGCAUGCUGUUCAUCUACGCCGUCUCCGACCUGAGUCACGACCUGAAGCUCAGCGCUGUGGUGUCGGCGUACGACUGGUCUGCUCUGGAUCCGGUCUGCACGCGGAGGUCCGACUCGCUCCUGAUCCCCGGAGGAAGUGCGGCGGCUAUUUUUAAGCAGCGAGUGGACCCCCUGCUGGCCGGGUGCGGGCGCUGCAGCCGCCUCACCUGCCUGCUGGCCUUCCACCUGGAGGACAGCAGCGGGCAGCGCGGACCCACAAACCAUCACUUCCUGAGCUCCCCUAAAGAUGCUCAGGGGCUCCAGAGACCCAACAUCACCGCCUCAGUGCAGGAGGAUAAAAGCCUCCUCACCGUCACGCUCCACUCCUCCGCUGUAGCUCCCUUCGUGUGGCUCGAUGUCGGAAACAUCCCGGGACGCUUCUCCUCUAACGGCUUCCUGAUGCUCUCUGCAAACACCACGGUCAGUUUUAACGCCUGGCGCCCGACCAGCGCUGCAGAACUCUCCAAAGCGCUCACCAUCACUUCUUUAGCGGACGUUUACUGACCUGAGAGCAGCAAACAGACGUGAGGAGGUGAACAGAGGAGACUUGUUUUUAAAAGUUUCUUAAAAACAUACCAUGAACAAAGUUUUAAAAAUAUAUUUGUAUCGAUGAGAAAUGUGUCGUUUAUAGAAUUUGUCGACAACACGUAGUCUGAAUUGGGUUAUAUCUCAUACAGGGUGUUGUGUCCUGAAAACGGUUGUAUUAUUGCGUGUUUCCCAUCUCUCAGAAUAACAGAAUGAAAUGAAAAGAAAUGACUUAUUUGAUAUACCGGUAUUGACAAUAGUCGUUUUGUUUAUAAGAUGAGAUGUUUAUAUUUUGAUAAUUUUAUACAUUGGAUUUAUUGUAUAAAAAAUCAAGUGAUGUUAAUAAUAAAUAUGUACAUAUUUGUGCAGUAAUGGUUACAGACUCUCGUAUAUUAAGUGUAAUGUAUUUGCCAAAAAAGAGACAAAUGCACAAUAAAAUGUAAAAA